AUGGAUCCAAAAAAGAGACCUUCACUUGUGAGCAGCCCUGCCCAAUCAGAGGCAAAGAAAAUUUCAAAGAAAUAUCUCGGAAACCGAAUGAGUCCUGGGAAAAAACAGCGAGUGAGAAGGGCUCUGUACAGUCUGACUGUAAGUAAAGAUGUGUCGUUGCGGAAAGCUGCGUUGGAUAAUGAUCUGUCUUAUUCAAUGUUAUACAGACGAUGGAAAGGAGAAGUUGACAUUUUCAAAUUAAAUGGACCUAGCUCAAUUUUUAAUGAAGCUGAAGAAGAGAAAAUGGCGAGAUGGCUUAGUGAGAUGGCACAGAGAGGGAUGGGCCUUCGAAUGGUUGAAUUUCUGGACUUUGUGGAAAGUGUUGUAAAAAAAGAGAAGCGAAAAACUCCCUUCAAAGAUGGAAGACCCGGCAAAACCUGUGGGAAACAGCGCUUGACUGUGAUGUUCUGUGGAAGUGCAACAGGUCAAAUGAUGCCACCCUUUUUGGUUUACCCAGAGCCAAAACCAAGAGGAUACAAUCCAUUAAAUGGAUCAAUAGAAGGGAGUGACAUUGCAUUCACAAAAAAGGGAUGGAUGGAUGUAGAUACCUUUUCAAAAUUCAUUGACCACUUUGAUAAGUUUGCGGGAACUGACCGUCCAGUGGUGUUAUUAAUGGACAGUGUAAGCAGCCAUGUGGAUCAUUCAGUUUUCAUGAAAGCAAUAGCCAGGGGCAUUGAGCUGUACCGUUUGGUUCCAAAUGCAACACACCUGAUGCAACCCCUGGAUAAGGGAGUAUUUGGACCAUUAAAGUCAAGAUGGCACAUGGUAUCCAGGAAGUACAUGAGAGAAAAUCCAGGAAAAUGUAUUGGCAAAGAGGUUUUCGCGCAGAAAUUGACAGAGGCCUACCUUCAGUUCUACAAACCUAUUACAGUAAUAAACUCAUUUAAAUCCUCUGGCAUAUAUCCAGUUGAUAGCUCUGUCAUCACAAGCGAAAUGCUGAAACCGGCAUUGACCUUCUCCGGUCCAGAAUCUGUGGCAGACCAACAUGCUGCCACUGAAGACAGUCAAGUUUCAGCAGAAGUGACAAAAGCAAAAGGAGCACUAGAAGUCUUUGAAGAAACACUUUCUACACCGUCUCGUGACCGUUACAGGAAAAGAAUACAAGAAGGUUAUAAUACUGUAGGGCAGUCUCCAUGCUUUGAUGUUUACCAAAAGAUUUAUCACAAAGCAAACCCAACAUUGGAAACAUCAACAUCUACCUUAGAAGAACAAAGUUCCCACUUAACUGGAUUGGAUAUAUUGGCACAUGCAGUUGUAACUGUGACUACUGCUAGUGUAGCAACAAGUCAACCAUCACAAAUCAACGAAGAAAAAUGGACAGAAAAUUCAACUGUUGAUAUGGUUAUAUCACCAGUUUUGACCGAGUCCCUGAGUUUUCCAAAGGAUACUGAGGCUGCAAAGCCAAUGAAACAGACAAUGUUAAACAGUUUACCAGACAAUCUUACAUCACCUGAAUGUAUUAGAAAAAUGUCCUUAAAACAGCUUGAAAAAGUCAGAAGCUUCGCCCAAAAAGUACAAAGAGCUAAACUUUCUUUUUUCAAGAAAAAGAAUACAAGCACAAAACCAGAAAAAAAGAGGAAACAACCAGAGCCAAAUUCAGAAAUAGGGAAAAGGCCUAUAAUCAAAAAGCUAAACACUUCACACCAAAAGGACAAAGUGCCUAUGGACAAAAAUGACAAUGACAGUCCCAACGCAUUUUGUAAAGCAUGCCAUAUGACUUGGGAAGAAGACCAAGAACUGGGUCUGGAACGUGUGUGGGUUCAGUGCGACAAGUGUGAUGGCUGGGUUCAUUCUGAGUGUUUAUCAUACUCAUUGGAAGAAGACGAGCCUUUCUUUUGUCCUGAUUGCCUGUAGAUAGAAAUUUAUUUAAUCAGCCCGACAUCGAAAAGCCUUCAACAUCUGGUAAGAUCAGUGCAACAAGCAUCCAUGAGAACGGGACUAGAGACUGUCACCCUACCCCCAACAUUACAACUUUUGACUCAAACAAAAUGACACUCAAGAACUCUGUGAUAAAAGGUUACCAUGUUUUUAUGAUUAGACCAUUUAUCACCAGUCCACCAACACAGUUGAUUGUUGACCGAGAUUAUAGUAAUAAAAAGGAUCCAGAUGCAUGCUUAGUAUGGUUGCCAGCGUUGGAAACAUUUCCUAUAAGUGUCCAUGAUACAGUUACGGAUGAAAAGCGCCAGCUGAAAUUAUCAGAUAUAGCAGGCCUCCCAAUAGGACAUGUUCCUAAAAUAUUUUCAAAUUUCUUUUCUUUAAUCAUUAACGAGGGUGGAACCAUAACAGCACAGGUAACAGGGGAGCCAGUGCCAAGUUUUCCACCAUGGCCAGCCCCAAAUGAAGAAGGGGGUGGUGUUGUGUUACCUUGUAAUUAUGUGAUUAAUCACUCUGAUAUCAAGGCUACCUUCAGCAAGCUGUGUUUGUUUCUGGAAAAAUCACCCGAAGGUUCAGCUAUGGAUCUGUCAAUUGAAACCACACCAAAGGCAUAAAUUAAAAGCAUGGGUGAUUUUUGCUUGCCUACUAGUGUUUAUAAAAUACAGUUUGUUUC